AUGUCUAACAUACAAUUCAAUUUAUGUACUACUUUCCCUGGUUUACUUCAAACUUAUCAUGAAUCAUUAUAUGAUUUAAUAACUACUUAUGAUUUAUAUUUAUCCUAUAAAAGAAGACAAAUGUCCUUAUUAUUCAAUCUAUUGUUUUCAUCGGCUGAAUUACCUUCAAUAAACAAAUUAGAGCUGAGUUGGAUGGUUCUACAAAAUAGUAUAAUGACGAAAAAUCAACAAUUAUGGGUAUAUAGAAGAAUUUUAAAUGAAACAAUGACAACAAUGAUUACUUUAGGGUACAUUUCAAAGAAACAAUUAUUUGAAUUGAAUCAUUGUAUAGUACUUGAAUUACAACAAGUGGAAGAUAAAUUUGAAGAUUUAAUUGAAAGUGAAACAAAAGAUGAUAACACCAGUAAUGACCGAAAUGUCAUUACAACAACGACAAUCAAUGAUGAUAAUGAAGAUGAGAAUGAUCGAUGUUUCGAAUUACUGUUGUUGGAUAAACAACCAGAAUUGUUUAGAGAUAUUUUGAAUUUACAUAAUAGUUUAAUUAGUAAAUAUUAUGUUGUUCAACGUCAGAAUAAUAGUCAUAAAAAUAACAGCAACAACAACAACACCUGCAGCAGGAGCAGUAUACAAAGAAAAUGUGUGUAUAUUUAA